AUGCAGGUUGUCGUCCGUUUACAGCACAGUCUGCCUCUCCUAUGUGCGCUGCUCACGCUGCUAGCAUGUGGACCCCCCGUGGUUUCCGCCGUUCACCGCAGCAGCUCGCUGCGGGACCGAGUGAGCUACGCAGAGCCUGAGCCUCGAGAACGAGAGCUUCUAGGCGAAACCGUGCCUCCUCACGAGCGAAACAGCGACGGCGACGCAAUAAGCGCAGAUCCGCCGACGGAAGCAUGCGUGUUUGACGUCGUGGGCGAACUGUUCAGAAAGAUAGACGUGAAUCCUGUCAGCCGUUCCUCCCCACUUCCUUUCGCGGACUCUCUAAUCCUCCGCCCUCCGCUUUUCAACCAUUCUCUCCCGUCAAACCUGACCGCCGCGCGCCGCGUGCACCAGCCGUCCAUCGGCGUGGGCCCGAGGACCGUCCGCAACCACCCGGAGCCCCUCUCCCCCACUCCGCGCCUCUCGCGCCGCGUGGUUUUGCACAGCGGCGCCAGGCACCGAGUGCGGGAGCAGCCGCCACAGUCAGCGCGGAUCUCCCUUAGUGGCUCCGCGCAGAAGCAGGCGUGGGCGUUCAACGCAACGGCGUGCCCGCUCAACUCCUCGGAUCUGCACCUGCUCUACCCGUUCAAGCCGCUGCCGGACGUCCAGCCGUCCGUAUUCACGUCGAACGUCAAACCGAACCACCUCGUUGCCACGUCCGGCGAGGCAGCCGAUGCAGGCCGCGAGGCUGGGGAGUUCUCUUUAGAUCCGUCUCCGUUCGUUCCCGCUGCCGCUACAUGCCCACCGCUAGGUCUAGUGCCGGUGCCGCCUCCGCCACAUCCUCCGUCGCUGUAUCCGCAUCCUAUCCCUGCACCUUCCCCCACGCCUGCCCUUCCCACAAUGCACUCCACCCCUCAUCUUCCUCCCUCUCCCCCUCCCCUCCCCCCUCCCCCUCCGCCUCCACCUCCCCCUCCCGUUCCCCCUCCCCCGCCCCCUCCGCCCGUCCCUGCCCCCGAUCACUUCCUCCGCCGCUUUCUCUUCUCCUUCCUCCUACCCUUCCGCCGUCCCGUUCGCCCGGCCAAACCUAGCGGUGCAACAUCGUUGCCAUCCCCUCCGCCCCCUCGGGCCGCUAUUCCCCCUCCACCGCCCCCUAUCGCUCCCCUACAGGCUCCCCCACCACCUUCCGCAGCGCUCCUUUCUGGUUUCGACAGCACCACUUCCGCCGGCACACUCGCUGACUCGCCACCCCCGCCUCCCCCGCCACCGCCAGACGCCUUGCCGCCACCAAGUCCUCCUCCGCCAUUCCCCCCACCUGCUCCGCCACCGCCGUCUCCUCCGCUAAUUGUUCCAUCCCCCCCGCCCCGUCCACCUCCGCCAUCACCUCCUCCCCGUCCUCCUCCCUCUCCCCCCCCUCCUCGCCCCCCUCCUCGCUCCCCUCCUCCCCCCCCUCCUCGCCCCCCUCCUCGCCCCCCUCCUCGCUCCUCCCCGCCGCCCUCGAGAACCACGCCUACGCUACCGCGCAGUCCCCCUCCAAAGAAGCACCAUCCACCUCCCAGGCGUUUCCCCCCAAUCUUCCGCCGCCGCCCUCCGCCUCCCAAGAGGCACAAGCCUCCCCCCCGGCGCCGUAGUCCCCCUCCCCCGAAACCCGUGGCUCCUCCGCUUCCCCCGCGCGCCUCCCCGCCCCCUCGCCGCAGACCGCCGCCUCGAAGGCGUCGUUCCCCACCUCCGCGUCGCCGCCGUUCCCCGCCUCCCCAUCGCCGACGUUCUCCGCCGCCAAGGCGCCGAUCCCCUCCCCCGUACGUGCGGCGCUCUCCGCCACCGCCCCGACGCUCCCCGCCGCCGGACCCCGCUCCCAGGGACGGCAUCUACAACGUGCGCGAAUUCGGCGGUGUGGGUGACGGCACCACAGACGACAGCGGCGCAAUGAACCAAGCGUUCCUCGCCGCGUGCAGGUACAGCGGCAGCAGCCCGGCGCGCGCGACGCUGCUGUUCCCGCGCGGAUACACGUUCUUCGUGCGGUCGAAGAACUUCGUGUGGAAGGGGCCGUGCGGGGGCGCGGGGCUGCUGGUCCGCGUGGAGGGGCGCAUAUCCGUGUAUCCGCGCGGCGUGCUGGCGCAAAACCCCAUCAUCAGCUUUCAGAAGAUCAGACGGCUCGUGAUCGCGGGGUCGGGCGUGAUCGACGGCGGGGGGCAGGUGGUGUGGGGGCGUGGUUCGCACAGGCCGUACUUGCUGGAGGCGAAGCUGUGCGAGGGGGUGGAGGUCUCAGGGAUCACGCUCAAGAACCCGCCAAUGAUGCAUCUGAGCGUGGUGUACAGCAGCAACGUGUGGAUCCACGACUUCACCACGAACAGCCCCUACAACAGCCCCAACACCGACUCCGUGCACCUUGGUGUCGUCAAAAACGUCGUCGUCGAGAACUGCACGCUGCACGGCGGUGACGACAACGUGUCGAUUGUUGGCUCCUCCUCCAACAUCAUCAUCCGCGAUGUGCUCUGCACUGCUGGCCAUGGCAUCAGCAUUGGGAGUCUGGGCAAGGAGCACGAGCUGGCAUGUGUGUCGGGUGUGACGGUGCAGGACGCAACGCUGGUGGGGCUGCAGAACGGGCUGCGCAUCAAGACGUACCAGGGCGGCCAGGGCACAGUGCAUGGCAUUCGAUAUGAGAAUAUCAGGAUGCGGGACGUGACCAUCCCCAUUGUCAUCAACCAGUUUUACUGUGAGAGGAGGCCCUGCGCUGGCCACCCAGAGAACCUGGCAGUGUUUGAUAUCUCUUAUAAGAGCAUCUCCGGCACAACCAACUACUCCAGCAGUGGCGGCAUCCAGUUGGCGUGCAGUGAGAGAGUGCCGUGUGGGAAGAUCACCAUGCGCGAUGUAAACAUUCGGCACAGCAAGGGGGAGGGGUUGAAGGGCAUUUACCAGAAUGCGUUUGGCACGAGCAUCAAUGUGUCUCCCGGUCCCAAAUGGGAGCGGGCUCUCUCCCGAUCAAGAGCCAGCAGCAUUGCAGCCGAACACAAGAAAUGUGGAGGGUGA